AUGUCGUCACCGCGCCUGUCCGUUGCCAUCUGUGGCGGAGGAGCUUGUGGCUUGGCCGUUCUACUGUGCCUCAUGGAGGAGCUCAAGAAAUCGUCGCGCGUCAGUCACAUAUACAUGUGCGAAAAGCAACCCGUCAUAGGGCCAGGGCUUGCAUACUCUUCGGCGUGCAGCGAGGCCAUCAUCAACAUGUCUGCUGAUACCAUGGGCCUUUACCCAGGCGAUCCUUCGCACUUUAGUCGUUGGGUGGCCUCCAAUCACCCCCAACUUGAUGGAGCUCGAUACCCACCGAGACGUAUAUAUGGGCAAUAUCUUGUCUCCCUCUUCCAGACGGCGAAGGACGACGCUGUCGCUCAGGGCAUCCAUUUGGAAGUCAAAGAGGGCGAGCUGAUCGAUCUUUGUCUAUCGGGCGAUAAGUUUGUCCUGAGAAACGACAACGGCGGAAAACUAGUAGUUAAUAGAGUGGUGCUCGCGCUUGGUAACUUUACCGCCUGUACACAAUCGCACCUCAUAGGCCAUGCUGGAUAUGUGGAUACACCCUGGCCUCUACAUGAUCUAUCAUCAAUCCCAGCAGCGUCGAGAGUUUGUGUCGUUGGUUCCAGGUUGAGUGGUCUUGAUGUUGUGUUGCAUCUAGCUCAGAACGACCACAAGGGCCCCAUAUACCUUGCCUCGCGAAGUGGAUGCCUUCCUAGCGUUCAGAGCCUUCGCGGCCAGGGAUACAAGGACACAUAUAAGCUACAUCUUCUAGCUAGAGACUUAGAAUACGACGCCGGCAUCAGCGACUGGGAUCAGUUCUUCCAGAAAAGGGAUCCUCUGGUCAAGCUGUCGCAGGACAUUUCAGAUGCCGAGAAUGGCACAAAUCAGUGGAGAGCUUUGGCCGACGCUAUUGCGCCAAAUUUAGAAAGGUACUGGAGUCACCUUACUUCCAAAGAUCAACUACUUUUCUUAGACAAGUGGUGCAGUAUGUGGUAUACCUAUGUCCACGCAAUGCCAUACGAAAAUGCCCUGAAACUACAGAACCUGUUAAGGAGCAAAGCGGUCAAAGUGUUACAAUGUAGUCGACUUUACCAAAGAGCAUCCGGAUUUACCAUUACGUCUCACGAUGAACACAUUGAUGUCGACUUUGUUGUUGAAGCCACUGGUUUUGAGACGAACGUAUCUCAAAUCCGAUCACCGUUUCUUCACAGUAUCCUUCAGUCAAGGAUAUUAGAGGCACACCCGGUGACUGGAUUGUCGCUUGAUCAACACACACUGGAAUCAACGACUACUCCUGGUAUAUACGCUAUUGGAUCUUUGUCUACAGGUGUGCACUUUUAUACCAAUGGCAUCGAUCGAAAUGUUGCUCAUGCGUCGCGCAUUUCGCGCCAUUUGGUUGGCAAGCCGGUUUAUUCACCAGCGCAUGUAGCUAUUAUACUUCCAGAUGGCGGGAUGGGAUGGGCCGGAACCCUUUGCAGAGCCAUCACAACCAUGGUUCAAAGCAACAUGAUCCCGUUCCUGUACCGAUCUGUAAGACAAUGUUGCUCCAGAGAACAAGGAUCAACGUCAAGUGACGAAUUUCACUGCGGAGCUUGUGGGAAUGGCGCAAACCUUACUGGCCAAUGUGGUGACGGUCUAAAGAACCAUUCAUCUCAUGAUUCUGACCGAGCGUUGUCCCAUCUAUGCCAAAGACUCGGCAUGUUCACAGGAGAAUGUUUUGACUUGAACAUAUCCUUCCUCAAUACUCUUGGAGAGCAUCACAUUGACAUUGGAUUACUUGUUCAAGACGAACCUAGGUUGGUCAAUCGAAAGACCCAGGUUGCGAUGGAAAAGAUAUGUAUGGGAAACUAA